AUGGAGGCACACGAAGGUACCAUCGCCAUCAUCGAAGCCAGCGUCCGAUCUUUCUCUGAGAGGCAGCAGCCAUUCCGUAUCUAUCACGGCUCGACAAACAGCACUCGCGACUCCCAGCGCCGUCUCGACAAGGCUGUGGACACGAGCAAACUCAAUCAUGUCCUUUCCAUCAACAAGGAAGACAAAAUGGCAAGUGUCGAACCUAAUGUUCCCAUGGAUGCUCUUUUGCAGGCGACCCUCGAGCACGGCCUAGUGCCUUUAGUUGUCAUGGAAUUCCCCGGCAUCACAGCAGGUGGUGGAUUUUCUAGCACGUCCGGCGAGAGCAGCUCAUUCCGCUAUGGCUUUUUCGAUGGGACUGUCAACUGGAUUGAAAUCGUCCUAGCCAACGGCACGGUGACGAGAGCAUCCAGGACUGAGAAGCCAGAUUUGUUCUGGGGUGCAGCCUCAUCGUUCGGGACCCUUGGUGUCGUGACACUCUUGGAAGUUCGCCUCAGAGAGGCAACCAACCGAGACAGCAAACCCGACGGUCGACUAUCUGGACGGUAUCGUCUUCGCUCGGGUCGGCUCACAUCCUCGCUUCCGGCGGGUGCUUCCGUCCACCAAUUCACUCGCCGCAGUGACCCAUGGUUUUAUAUCCACGUACAACGACGAUGUGCCACCGCUGGUAAUUCUGUCGUGAAAGAAUAUGUUCCGCUCGUUGAUUACCUGUUCCGCUACGACCGAUGCGGCUUCUGGGUGGGACGCUACGCUUUUCGCUACUUCAUCACCCCUUUCAACCGCAUCACCCGUUUUCUACUCGACCGCUUCAUGCACACCCGUGUCAUGUAUCACGCUCUUCAUGCCAGUGGCCAGUCACGCAUGUAUAUUAUCCAGGACGUCGCGGUGCCAUAUAAUGCUGCACUCGAAUUCCAAGAGUGGCUAGACGACACAUUUAACAUGUAUCCGCUGUGGCUGUGUCCGCUCCGGCAGCGACGUGACGGUGGCAAUCCCGAGGCACGCCACGGUUUGUACGCGAGUCUGGCCGACCCAGAAGCCUCUUCGGAAUUCAUGAUGAACUUUGGUGUCUGGGGGCCAGGCUCCAAGAACCGGAUAGAGUUCGUUCGCCAGAAUCGGCUGCUAGAACAAAAAGUCGACGAGCUGGGAGGUCAGAAAUGGCUGUAUGCGCACGCGUACUACACCCAGGACGAGUUCUGGAGCAUCUAUGACCGCAAGGCGUAUGAUGCGCUGCGAGCCAAGUAUGGGGCAUCGUACUUGCCCAGUGUGUACGAAAAGGUAAAGGUUGAUGUGGAUGCUGAGGAACGUGCCAUCAGGGCCUCGUGGGUCGCGUGGCUGCUAUGGCUUUUCUGGAGUAUUUGGCCACUCAGUGGGUUGUAUGGUGUAUACAAGGCGUUCAGGGGAGGGGAGUAUUUGUUGCAAAAGGAGUCGAGCUCUUUGAUUCGGACGUUGAAGAAGGAUUAGGCGCAUGGGCGAGAUAAAGUCUAAAUACAAAACAUUGUACAAGUACCAGAGUACCA